ACGAACACAGAUUUGCUCUUGGCAAUGAGAGGGGCUCGCACUCAUCUUUCCUAAUCACAAUGUGAAUGUUACUAAAUAUUGGUAGAGGGGAGGUUCAACGUUUGGAAUUAUGACCUCUGUCACGAUGUAAGCAUAUCCUAGCCCCUCCAUCCUAAGCAUGAGUUUCGGCAUCGAAACCACGGCCGACAACCCCCAUAUCAAUAACACCUGGCCCGGAAGCUUUCAAAUUGGUGUUACUUUUACCAGUCAUACGAGCUUCUAUAAGUGGUAUGACGAGAAUUAUGGUGGGAGUCCGGUGGGGUAUGAGAAUGUAAUGGGCUCGAGGUUGUCGGAUGCGGACGCUCUGGCGGCGAAUGUCACGGCGACGAAGUUACCGUUUGAGCAGUUUGCUGGUGGGACCUGACGAUAGCGUAUAUUGUGUCUGGGAAGGGGGUGUGGAAUGCGCAGCCCAGGGGUGGGAGUAACGCUGUGUUGCUGGCUUGGAGGAAGAGUAUUGUGCAUGCAAAAACGACGGUGGCGUUUGCACCUUUGAAUUCAACGGCUCGACAAGCAGCGAUUGCUGCGACGGAGCUAUCUGCUUCUGCACUGCGGCAGUUGAGUCCCAACACGGGGGCUUACAUGAAUGGGGCUGGCCGCUUCGAGCCAAACUGGCAGCAGACAUUUUGGGGAGAGAACUAUCCUCGACUCUUGCAAAUCAAGCGCACUGCUGAUCCGGAUGAUGCUCUGAGGUGUAAUCCUUGUGUGGGGAAUGAAAGGUGGGAGGAAGUAGACAAUAUGCUGUGUCGUGUC